AUGACAACCGUUCUUUCCGGCGCCGCGUUUGGUGCCGCGUUGGUGGGUGCGGGCGUCUACCAACCCUCGGUCAUUAUCGCUCAGCUCAAGCUUGAGAACUGGCACAUGAUCCAGGCUUUCCUCGCUGCCGCCGCCAGUAGCACAUUCGUCGUUUUCACCCUCGACAAGCUUGGCUAUGUCCACCCUAAACCCCGCAGCCCCUCCCGGCUGGGCCUUUUCUCCGAGUAUGACGGCAACAUCCUCGGCGGCUCCCUUCUCGGGGCCGGAAUGGCACUCUCCGGCUCCUGCCCGGGCACUGUCCUCGCACAGAUCGCUACGGGCUCACCAUCGGGCGUCUACGUGUUGGGCGGCGCUGCCCUGGCCGGCAUCGCCUGGACGGGCUUCCUCCAGAAGGUCAUUACGUCAAACGCCGCCAACGCCGCGCCAGAGAACCCAAAGCUUACCGUCCACGAGCGCCUCGGUCUUAGCAAGGUGCUGAGUUUGGUGGGAUUCGAGGCCAUCUAUGCCGGCGUCGUCUACGCUACGCUGAAGUACACACCGGCCAGCCCAUAUGCCGUCGUUGCACCCACCAUUGGCGGCCUUUACAUCGGCCUGGCCCAGCUCUUCUCCCUGCUUACGCGCAAGGCGAUGCUGGGGGUAUCCACGUCGUAUGACGAGAUUGGGCGUUACUUUUGGUGGGCGGUCAAAGGUGGUGGCGAGAAGGGGAAGCCGGCUUCGUACAACAACAUCCUGUUCUCCGCUAGCCUGGCCGCGGGUGCGUGGGCGCUCGCAACGGCGUACCCUGCCCUUGCAAUCGGUUCUGCGGAUGCUGCUGUUACCCCGGUCCUGGCCGCAACGGGCGGCUUCCUCAUCGGCCUGGGAUCUAGAAUUGCCGGAGGUUGCACUUCUGGGCACGGCCUCAGUGGCGUAUCCGUCUUCUCGACGGCUAGCUUUGUGACAAUCCUCUCAAUGUUUGGCGCGGGGGCUCUUGUUGCUCCAUACUUUUACUAG